AUAAAAUAAAGGAUCUCGGAAUUAACAGAAAAUCAUCUCGGAGGGUGUUUAAUAGUUUAAUAGUGUGUGUAUAUAUAUAUAUAUAUAUAUGUGCCUGUUUGUCUUGCUGACUCUGCUGCUUAUAACUAAAGAGCGGCAAGUUUUGGCUUUAUAUGAGAACAUUGGCUGUAAACUCUAACAUUUUAUACAUUUGGCGGCGUCUAUCAUAUAUUAUAAUAAUAAUAUAAUUGUUUUGUUAAUAAUAAGUAUGUUAUUAUAAUUGUAUAAAUGUUAAGAAAAAUGAGCUUCUCCAGUGAUGAAGUUAAUUUUUUGGUUUACCGAUAUCUACAAGAGUCUGGUUUUCAACAUUCGGCAUACACAUUUGGAAUAGAAUCUCAUAUAUCACAGAGCAAUAUAAAUGGAGCACUUGUUCCACCUGCCGCUUUACUAUCAAUCCUUCAAAAAGGAUUACAAUACACUGAGGCUGAAAUAUCUAUCGGAGAAGAUGGUACUGAACAGAGAAUGAUUGAAUCUCUGUCUCUUAUUGAUGCAGUAAUGCCUGACGUCGUAGUAUCCAGACAAAAUCAACAAAAUCAACAAAAACAGCAAAUUAAAACAGAUACACAAGAUACUAAUGGAGAAGAGGUUGUUACUUCAAAUGAACGAAGUGGAGAAAAAACUGAAAUGGAAUCAGAAGAACAACAGACCGGUGUUGUUGGAGUUGGUAGUAAUGCAAGUGCUAUUGAAAUACCAGCUAAUAAAGCGACAAAAUUACGUGGUCAUGAGUCUGAAGUAUUUAUCUGUGCGUGGAAUCCGACAACAGACUUAUUGGCUUCUGGUUCUGGUGAUAGUACAGCUAGAAUUUGGGAUAUGUCUGAUAAUUCAUCAACUCCUCAACAACUUGUAUUACGGCACUGCAUCCAAAGAGGUGGUGCUGAAGUACCCAGUAAUAAGGAUGUUACAUCUUUAGAUUGGAAUUGUGAUGGUACACUUUUGGCAACUGGUAGUUACGACGGUUAUGCUAGAAUUUGGACUACUGAUGGAAGAUUAUCAUCGACUCUUGGCCAACACAAGGGUCCUAUAUUUGCAUUAAAAUGGAAUAAACGUGGAAAUUAUAUAUUGAGCGCGGGAGUAGAUAAAACAACAAUUAUUUGGGAUGCUGCUAGUGGACAGUGUACACAGCAAUUUAGUUUUCACUUGGCUCCAGCUUUGGAUGUUGAUUGGCAGACAAAUACAUCAUUUGCCAGUUGUUCUACUGAUCAGUGCAUUCACGUUUGUAAAUUAAAUGUUGAUAAACCUAUUAAAAGUUUUCAAGGUCAUACGAAUGAAGUAAAUGCUAUAAAAUGGGAUCCUCAAGGUAAUUUACUGGCAAGUUGUUCAGAUGAUAUGAGUCUUAAAAUUUGGUCAAUGAAGCAAGACACCUGGGUUCACGAUCUUAGGGCUCAUCAUAAAGAAAUUUACACAAUAAAAUGGUCACCUACAGGACCAGGAACUCACAAUCCAAAUAUGAAUCUUACUUUAGCCAGUGCUUCGUUCGAUUCAACUGUAAGAUUGUGGGAUAUUGAAAGAGGUGUAUGUUUUCAUACUCUAACCAAGCAUACAGAACCCGUGUACAGUGUAGCAUUUAGUCCUGAUGGUAAAUUUCUUGCAAGUGGUAGCUUUGACAAAUGUGUUCACGUGUGGUCUACCCAGACUGGUCAAUUGGUGCACAGCUAUAAAGGUACAGGUGGUAUUUUUGAAGUGUGUUGGAAUAGCCGAGGUGAUAAAGUUGGCGCUUCAGCUUCUGAUGGAAGCGUUUUUGUCCUUGAUUUACGUAAACAAUGAUUUAAUAUAAAUAACAAUAAUUAUUUUUAUUCAUUAUCAUUUAUUAACAAGUUUCAUUUAUAUUCCAUUCAAGUGAGAUGACGAUUAUCAAAAAAAUUAUUAUUAUUAUUAUUUUUUUUUUUUUUUAUUCAAGUAAUUAUAGAUGCAUGUUAUUAAAAAGCUUUACUAUUGUAUUUUACGAGUUUUAAUAUAAAUGAUUUUUGAAAUCUUGAUGUAUACAUACGGCUUACUACUAUAUCUAUCAAUUAUUUGUAUAUUCUAAAUUAUUACUGAAAACAUAGCCGUAUGAUUAAUAAAUUUAAGUG